AUGUCCACCAGUAACGAUAUCAAGAAAGACUUCAAACCUUUGGGUGAACGCCCACCACUCCGAAGCCCAUACGUCGGCGUUCCGGAUUUCCUAUCGAAUGUUUCCAACUUCAAGAUCAUCGAAAGCACACUAAGAGAGGGAGAGCAAUUUGCAAAUGCUUUCUUUGAUACAGCUAAGAAGAUCGAGAUUGCCAAGGCACUGGACGACUUUGGUGUUGACUACAUCGAACUCACCAGCCCGGCAGCUUCGGAACAAAGUCGCAGGGACUGCGAGGCGAUAUGCAAGCUUGGAUUGAAGGCCAAGAUCCUCACACACAUCAGAUGUCACAUGGAUGAUGCCCGAAUCGCCGUCGAAACCGGUGUUGACGGUGUAGAUGUCGUCAUUGGCACAUCCUCUUUCCUCAGAGAACACUCUCACGGCAAGGACAUGGACUACAUCCACAAGUCCGCCAUCGAAGUCAUCGAAUUCGUCAAGUCCAAGAACAUUGAAAUCAGAUUCUCCUCCGAAGACUCCUUCAGAUCGGACCUCGUCGACCUCCUCAGCAUCUACAGAGCCGUCGACAAGAUCGGUGUUAACAGAGUCGGCAUUGCUGACACUGUCGGCUGCGCCGGCCCAAGACAGGUUUAUGACCUUGUCCGAACUCUCCGUGGUGUCGUUCACUGCGAUAUCGAAACCCACUUCCACAAUGACACCGGUUGUGCCAUUGCCAAUGCCUACACUGCUCUUGAAGCCGGUGCAACACACAUUGAUACCUCAGUCCUAGGUAUCGGUGAGCGUAACGGUAUCACCCCACUCGGUGGUCUCAUGGCCCGCAUGAUCGUCGCCGAUCGUGACUAUGUUCGCAGCAAGUACAAGCUCGAGAAGCUCCGAGACCUCGAGAAUCUCGUUGCCGAGGCCGUCGAAGUCAACAUCCCAUUCAACAACUACAUCACUGGUUUCUGUGCCUUCACACACAAGGCCGGUAUCCACGCCAAGGCUAUCCUGGCAAACCCAAGCACAUACGAGAUCGUCAACCCAGCAGAUUUCGGUCUUACAAGAUAUGUGCACUUCGCCUCGAGAUUGACAGGAUGGAAUGCGAUCAAGAGCAGAGUAGAUCAAUUGGAUUUGAGCUUGACAGAUGCUCAGGUUAAGGAGUGCACUGCUAAGAUUAAGCAGUUGGCUGAUGUUAGGAGUUUGAACGUUGAUGAUGUUGACAGCAUCAUCCGCCAAUACCACUUCAAUGUCAAGACAGGGAGCAACACCCCUCUCCUUGACGCUGUAGGCAGAUCGGAUAUUGAUGCCGAUAGCUUGGCUAAGAAGGCCAUCCAGAACGGCGCCAACUCUGAUGCCGCUAAGUGCUGCUAG